AGGCGGGCGGGUGGGGAUAGUGCCCGGCGUCCGAGCCCCAGGCCGGGUCCUGAGCGCCGCGCGGGCCCCGCGCCGCUGCUGCCGCGCCAUGGCGGAGACUAAGAUCAUCUACCACAUGGACGAGGAGGAGACGCCGUACCUGGUCAAGCUGCCGGUGGCCCCCGAGCGUGUCACGCUGGCCGACUUCAAGAACGUGCUCAGCAACCGGCCCGUGCACGCCUACAAAUUCUUCUUCAAGUCCAUGGACCAGGACUUCGGAGUGGUGAAGGAAGAGAUCUUCGAUGACAACGCCAAGCUGCCCUGCUUCAAUGGCCGUGUGGUUUCUUGGCUGGUCCUGGCCGAGGGCGCUCACUCUGAUGCAGGGUCCCAGGGCACGGACAGCCACACGGACCUGCCCCCACCUCUCGAGAGGACGGGUGGCAUUGGGGACUCCCGGCCUCCCUCCUUCCACCCAAAUGUGGCCAGCAGCCGUGACGGGAUGGACAAUGAGACUGGCACAGAGUCCAUGGUUAGCCACCGGCGAGAGCGAGCCCGACGCCGGAACCGCGAAGAGGCGGCCCGAACUAACGGGCAUCCAAGAGGGGACCGGCGGCGGGACCUGGGGUUGCCUCCGGACAGCGCAUCCACUGUGCUGAGUAGCGAGCUGGAGUCCAGCAGCUUCAUCGACUCAGAUGAGGAUGACAACACCAGCCGACUAAGCAGCUCCACUGAGCAGAGCACCUCAUCUCGGCUCAUCCGGAAACACAAGCGCCGGCGGCGGAAGCAGCGCCUGCGGCAAACAGACCGGGCCUCCUCCUUCAGCAGCAUCACCGACUCCACCAUGUCCUUGAAUAUCAUCACUGUCACGCUCAACAUGGAGAGGCACCACUUCCUGGGCAUCAGCAUCGUGGGCCAGAGCAACGACCGGGGUGACGGUGGCAUCUACAUUGGUUCCAUCAUGAAAGGCGGGGCUGUGGCCGCUGAUGGCCGCAUCGAGCCAGGCGACAUGCUGCUGCAGGUGAACGAUGUCAACUUUGAGAACAUGAGCAACGACGAUGCUGUGCGCGUGCUACGGGAGAUAGUGUCCCAGACAGGGCCCAUCAGCCUCACAGUCGCCAAGUGCUGGGACCCAACCCCCCGGAGCUACUUCACUAUCCCAAGGGCUGACCCAGUGCGACCCAUCGACCCAGCUGCCUGGCUGUCCCACACGGCGGCGCUGACGGGAGCCUUGCCCCGCUACGGUACGAGCCCCUGCUCCAGUGCCGUCACCCGCACCAGCUCCUCCUCACUAACCAGCUCAGUGCCCGGCGCUCCACAACUGGAAGAGGCACCGCUGACGGUGAAGAGUGACAUGGGUGCUGUUGUCCGGGUCAUGCAGUUGCCGGACUCGGGACUGGAGAUCCGUGACCGCAUGUGGCUCAAGAUUACUAUUGCCAAUGCCGUCAUUGGAGCGGACGUGGUGGACUGGCUGUACACGCAUGUGGAGGGCUUCAAGGAGCGACGGGAGGCCAGGAAGUACGCCAGCAGCAUGUUGAAGCACGGCUUCCUGCGGCACACGGUCAACAAGAUCACCUUCUCUGAGCAGUGCUACUAUGUCUUUGGGGACCUGUGCAGCAGUGAGUGGGAGGUGCAGUGGGGAGGGAGGGUGUGGGAAGGACACGUCUACUCUGCACUCACUGCCCUGCCCUCCCCACCAGAUCUCGCAGCUCUGAACCUCAACAGUGGCUCCAGUGGAGCCUCAGAUCAAGACACACUGGCUCCAUUGCCCCACCCAGCUGCCCCCUGGCCCCUGGGUCAAGGCUACCCCUACCAGUACCCAGGGCCCCCACCCUGCUUCCCGCCUGCCUACCAGGACCCCGGCUUCAGCUAUGGCAGUGGCAGCACUGGGAGUCAGCAGAGCGAAGGGAGCAAAAGCAGCGGGUCCACCCGGAGCAGCCGUCGGACCCCGGGCCGCGAGAAAGAGCGCCGAGCAGCUGGAGCUGGAGGCAGUGGCAGUGAAUCAGACCACACAGUGCCAAGCGGGACAGGUGGCAGUGGCUGGCGGGAGCGCCCGGCCAGCCAGCUUAGCCGUGGCAGCAGCCCACGCAGCCAGGCCUCAACUGCUGCCCCAGGGCUCCCUACCCUGCACCCACUAACUAAGACCUAUGCAGUGGUGGGUGGACCACCCGGGGGACCACCUGUCCGGGAGCUGGCUGCUGUCCCCCCAGAAUUGACAGGCAGCCGUCAGUCCUUCCAGAAGGCCAUGGGGAACCCCUGUGAGUUCUUUGUGGAUAUCAUGUGACUGAAAGUGGGUGCCUUCACUCCCACCAGUGGGAGAGGGGGGCAGGGGUCCCACCUUGCCUGGCACUCUUAUGGGCUUGCCAUAGUGGUGGCCAGCUUGGGAUAGACCAGCUUGUGGGGGUCCAGGCCUGGGUGGGCAGUGGAGCAGGCUGGAGGUGAGGGACCAGGGCAGCCCAACCACUGUGAUCUGGACUUGGCAACCCUUCUGCUCCUGGGGUCUUCCCUGACCUCAGAGCAGGCUGCGUUCCUACAGACUAUUGAGGGGAGGGACUCCACUCUGUCCCAGGCAAUGUGAGCCUCAGGACUCCCCAGCCCCUCCUUUGUUAGGAGGUGACCCCUCUAGGAUGAGAAAGACCCUCUUGGCUCCAUGCUGAACCCAUCUCCCACAGACAUGUGCCCCAGGACCCCAGACUGAAUCAGACCGGCACCCCCUCUUCACUCAGCUCACAGGCACUGCCCCUCUGACCCAGGCAGGGAGGCCUCGUGGGGGGGGUGGUGGAAUCAGAGCCCCAAAUCCCUCUGUGGCUGCCCAGAGUGGGGAUCUAAUUUAUUUAUUUAUUGUCUGGCCUGUGUGCUCUGGGAGUGGUGAGGCCGUCAGCCAUUCCCUCUCCCUACCCAACUGGAGCAGUUUGCAUGUUUGCCCCUCCCCUGUGAGUCUCAGAGCACAUGUGAGGAACACAAAUUUGGAGUAUGGGUCAGUUGGGGAGGCAGAGAGGGGUCCUGCAUCCUCCCAUCAUGUCUCAGCUUACAGAAAGGAGGGGAAUGUGACCCCUUACAGGAUCUAGGGGCACUGAUGUGCACAGCUGCUGCAGGGAUGGGGGUCUUGAGAAGAUGGGAGGUCAGCGUGGGCUGUCCUCACUUUCCUUGAGCGACUGCCCACCUGUACAAGCUGCUGACUCCCUGGUACCUGCAGCCUCAUGUCUGUGCUGUAGAUACUGUAUCAAAGUCUGAGCAUCUGGGUAGUCAACAUAGAGCUGCUUCUGUGUAAAUGCUAUUUUAAACACUAAAAAGCGUUUAAUUUUAUGGGA